AUGUCUAGUUCCCCGUUCACUAAUGACCCUCUCCUCGAGCAGCCCGCUUUCACUCGCACGCGGAAAAUGCGGGUGGUAUGCGUCGGCGCCGGGUUUGGGGGUCUACUUGUUGCACACAAGGUUCAACACGAGUUGAAGUUGGAGGAUGAAGUUGACUUGACCAUCUACGAGAAGAAUGCGGAUAUUGGUGGAACUUGGUUCGAAAACACUUAUCCCGGUGCCGCUUGUGAUUUCCCCGCUCAUGCCUAUGUCUUUCCCUUCGAAGGAAACCCGGAUUGGAGCAAGUUUUAUGUUGGACAAGAAGAGAUCCAACGCUACAUUAAACGCACAGCAGAAAAGUAUAACUUGACCAAGUAUGUCCAGCUCAACACGACCAUGAAGGAGACGAUAUGGGAUGAAGAGUCAGGCAAAUGGAAGAUCAAGAUUGAGCAGGGUGGUGAGAUCAAAGAGGACGAGGCGGAUUUUAUCAUCAACGCAUCAGGAUUCUUGAACAAGUGGAAGUGGCCAGAAAUCCCAGGUCUCUUUGACUUCAAGGGCAAGCUCAUGCACAGCGCAAACUGGGACAACACGUAUGACUGGGCACGAAAAAAAGUGGCCGUCAUUGGCAAUGGUGCCUCUGGAAUCCAACUCGUGACCGCAAUGCAGCCCAAGGCAGACAAGCUCGUCAACUACAUGCGACAACCCACGUGGAUAUCUGUCAACUUCUUGGUUGAAAAGGCUCCAGAUGGUGUCAAUCGUGAAUAUACUGAAGAGCAGAGGCAGUUGUGGCGAGAGAACCCCCAGGCUCUUUUUGAUUAUCGAAGGGAGCUUGAAAAGUCAAUCAAUGCCUUCUUCUUUGUCAUGUGUCUCGACCACCCAGCACAGCCAUACUACGAAGGAUUAUGCAAUGAGAGGAUGCAUGCAUCUAUGAAAGACGAUCCAGAACUCGAGAAGCGAAUGGCUCCCAAGUUUCGGCCCGGAUGCCGUCGCAUCACACCAGGCGAAGGUUACCUGGAGGCUUUGCAAGAGGACAACUGCCGUGACUGUUGGGAUUCCAUCAAGAGUAUCACAGAAAAUGGAAUCGAGACAGACCAAGGAGUGGAGGAGUUUGACCUCAUCGUGUGCGCCACCGGAUUUGACAGCUCAUGGCUCCCCCAGUGGAAGCUCGUGGGUCGUAACGGUGUAACUCUUGAGGAACAAUGGAAGGACGACCCUGAGGCUUUCUACGCGUCCAUGGUCAGCAACAUGCCGAAUUACGCCAUGAUCAAUGGACCCAAUGCUGUGAUUUCUCAUGGUUCUGUGAUUCAGCAGAUGUCCUGGACCACAGACUUUAUCCUCAAAUGGGUCAAGUACAUGAACCGUCAUCAGAUUAAGACUCUUUGCGUCAAAGAAGAUGCAGUCAAAGACUAUAACGCAUACUCGCAAGAGUUUCUCAAGCGUACCGUCUGGUCGGGAGAUUGCCGCACUCUCUACAAGAAUGGUCGCUCGCAAGGUCGCAUCACCGGUGUAUAUGGUGGAUCAGUUGUUCACUUCCAAAAGGGCCUGGAAGAAGUUGGAGGAGAGAAUUUUGACAUGACGUGGAGAUACAAGAAUCGGUUCCUCUGCCUUGGUAAUGGCACAGCAGAGACUGAUGAAAUGGGUGCUGGUGAUCUUGCACCUUACUUUGCAGCUUAUGCGCCACCAUCAGAGAAAUGA